AGUUCUAUUGAUUUUACUAAUAGGUUGUAAAAAAAAAAAAGUGAUAACCACAGUACUUUGAGAUAAAGUACUUGAAGGUGUGGGAGGAAAAGGUAAAAGCAAAGGGCUUUUAGGUAGAGCUAGUAAAUACAAAGAGCCAACCUCUGGCCUCUAGCCAGGGUUAAGUACUUGCUUUGAAAACUCUGAGAACCAAUACACGUAGAGGACUACUGACUGUCUGAAAUCUCUCCAGCCAAAGGCUAGAUAAUUACCAGAAAGUUUACAUGGGAAUAGAGUGAUGGUUACGUGUGGUUUUGAGGUAAGGUAUAUUGCUUUAAAGUUGAGUAUUUAGGCCUCUUCUGAAACAUACCUUGUUUUCUAAUCUUUCAGGUUAAGGACAAGCACUGCUUUGAUGUAGGGCUCUGGUUGCUCAGAUUACUUCUUGUUAGCAAUGGAAGGUGAAGGCUGAGGUGACCCCUGGCCAGCUGGAUCUCCUAGACCCUAACAAGUUCAGGCAAAUUAUGCCCCCUAUUUCUUUGACAAUGGAGCCAGAAGCACAAACGGGAACAUGGCACUUCUGAGCCUUUCGGAGGACACACCUGUUGGUACCUAUGUGUAUACCCUGAAUGGAACUGAUCCUGAAGGAGAUCCUGUGACGUAUGGCCUGACCUAUGAAGCUGGAUCGAGACGCUACUUUUCUGUUGACAGAAACCUUGGAAAUGUUACGCUGAUUGAGGAACUUGACAGAGAGAAAGAAGAUGAGAUUGAAGUUAUUGUCAGUAUUUCAGAUGGCCUCAGUACAGUCUCGGAAAAAGUUAGGAUCCUUGUAACAGAUGCUAAUGAUGAGAGUCCAGAGUUCAUCAAUACACCUUACAUAGUCCAAGUCCCAGAGAACACUCCCUCUGGCAGCAGUAUCUUUAAGAUCGAGGCAGUGGACAGAGACACUGGUUCUGGGGGAAGUAUCACCUACUUCUUGCAGAACAUCCAUGCUAAUAAGUUUACGAUAGACCGUCACAGUGGUGUCCUGCGCAUCAAAACAGGGGUCACCCUGGACUAUGAGAAAUCAAGAACACAUUUUGUUGUCGUUGUAGCCAAGGAUGGUGGUGGGAAGCUCAGGGGAGACAACAAAGUGUUUUCAGCCACAACAACGGUUACUGUCAACGUGGAAGAUGUUCAGGACACACCUCCCAUGUUCAUUGGGACUCCCUACUAUGGAUAUGUCUACGAGGAUACACUUGCAGGCUCUGAGGUCCUCACUGUUGUUGCUCUUGAUGGAGAUAGAGGAAAGCCUAACAGUAUUCAUUACUGCCUCGUGAAUGGAAGCGAAGGUUCCUUUGAGAUCAGCAACACAACUGGAGCCAUUUCUGUUAUAAAAAACCCAAAUCAGCUCAAGAAAGAAGUGUAUGAUCUAAAAAUUCAGGCAUCAGAAGUUGGUCCAGAAGGUGAUGUCUCUGCAUACGCUUUUGCCAUGGUGACUAUAAGGGUGGUCGACCUCAACAAUCAUCCACCGACGUUUUACGGAGAAAAUGGUCCCCAGAACAGAUUUGAACUGACCAUGUAUGAGCAUCCCCCAGAGGGUGAAAUCUUGAGGGGACUGAAGAUUACAGUCAACGAUUCAGAUCAGGGAGCCAAUGCUAAAUUCAACCUCCGUCUUGUUGGACCCGGUGGCAUCUUCCGAGUCGUUCCCCAAACUGUCCUGAAUGAGGCUCAGGUUACAGUAAUAGUGGAAAAUUCUGCUGCUAUCGACUAUGAAAAAUUCAAGGUGUUAACAUUCAAGCUUCUUGCAAUAGAGGUGAACACACCAGAGAGAUUCAGCUCAACAGCUGACGUAGUGAUACGCUUACUGGAUACCAAUGACAAUGUCCCGAAAUUCUCCUCCGACUACUACAUUGCCAGGAUCCCUGAGAACUCCCCAGGGGGCUCAAACGUAGUUGCUAUAACUGCUACAGAUCCAGAUUCAGGGCUUUGGGGAGAAGUCAAGUACUCUAUCUAUGGAACAGGAGCAGAUCUGUUCCUAAUCCACCCAUCAACAGGUAUAAUUUACACCCAGCCCUGGGCUGUAUUAGAUGCUGAAGUGAACUCAAAGUAUAAUUUCUAUGUGAAAGCAGAGGACACAGAUGGGAAGUACAGCCUGGCUGAAGUGUUCAUCACCGUGCUAGAUGUCAACGACCACUCUCCAGAGUUCAAUGAAAACAUCCAGGAAAAGACGAUGAUCAUCGGGUCACCGGUGAAGAUAGAGGCUAUAGAUCAAGAUGCAGAAGAACCCAACAACAUUGUGGAUUAUUCCAUCAUGCAGGCAGACCCAGCCAAUGUGUUUGAUAUAGACCAAAGCACUGGGGAAAUCAAGCUGAAAUCCUAUAUCCGUUCCCUGGACAUCAUCCACAACAUUACAAAGAACAAAGACUGUAUAUGGUCAGUGGUGGUGCAGGCCAAAGACCGAGGCUCCCCUUCCUUCAGCACCACAGCAGUUCUGAAGAUUGAUAUCACAGAGGAGACUCUUCACAAAGGGCCUAUGGCCGCCUUUUUGAUGCAAACUAAAGAUAACCCCAUGAAAGCCUUAGGAGUGCUAGCUGGUGUCAUGGGCAUAAUGGUGCUGAUAACUAUCAUGAUCUCCACUGCCAUGUUCUGGCGCAAUAAGCGCUCCAACAAAAUCAUGCCAGUAAGAAGGAUCAUAAAAAAGAGGCAGACCCAGCCAUCCCGGACGGUGAGGAUGGAGUGGCUGAAGUUCAAGAGGCCCAGCAAUGCCGCGGAGAAGUUUGUCGUCAAGGAUGAUGCCCAGAGCCUGCAGAACGAGAACAGCAACAACAACGUCCAGGUUGCCCCCGUGCCACCAGCUGCCCCCGUGCCCCCGCCACCCCCUGCCCUGGCUCCCAGCGGUGACGCCCCAGGGUGGCGGGUGCCAACCGUGUCCGGCUCCCUCACCCCCAAGUUCAUCAACAAGCAGCUGAAGAAGCGAGGUCACAGCAGCACCCACAACGCUCUGGUGUCAGAGCUCAAAAUGAGGUUUGAGAAGAGGAACGCAGCUAUCGCCGAGCCCCACAUCUAGGCGCUCUUGGCAGCCCCAGAGACUGCGCCUUGUGGCUGUGCGUGGAUAUAUGACGUGCCGUGGUCUUCCCUGUGUCUGUCAGCACCCUGUGAACUGAGAGCAGUCUCUUGCUCUGAUAGCCCCCCUCACCUUCUGAAAGUAUUACGUGAUACGAAGUCGCCCCACCUGUACGAAACGCUGCAGUCUGUGCCCAGUUAGGACUGCCGUUCCUUCGUGUCGUGUCCCAGUGCUGGUUCCACCCUGCAGCUGUCUGACGGGUGCUCAGUACGCCCCCGCACCAGGCAGAGUCUCCCCAAGCAACCAGCGGCUCAGGUUGUCCCUGUUCCGGAGGCCCUGAGCUGGAGUCCUGCUCUUCAAACGAGGUGCUCUGCAGCCGAGGUGCUGGCAGAUGCCACUUCUCAUCUGGUCCAGCAGGGGGGUCUGAGGUGUCUGAAAACCCACCUCAACUCCCAGGUCCAGCUUUGAAGAUGCUGGCCUGGCUGCGGCACCAGGGUCGGUGUGCAGGUCUCCUGGAGCAGCGGUACGGCACGCUGAGAGUGGGCUGCACGUAGGUGGUGCCUGCUGCCCUCGGGGCACGACGUGCAAGGCAGCAGCCAGCGGAACAAUGUGCUGAUGGCCUCGGUACCCCUCAUCCCACAGGUAAGCGGGCAGGCUUGGACAAGUUCUUCAUUUUUCUGCAGCUUAUGCUGGAUUCUGCCAGAGCACAUUGGCAUGAUGCUGCGCUUUGCUUCCACCCUGGACCUGCCUGCUAAUCAGGGGACGGAAGGACCAGCCAUGGCAGGAUGCAAGCACAGAAAUUCAGUAGCAGCACUCGCUCGAUACUGCCUCCUUCUGACACCACAUCCCCUAAUGAGAGGCAGGCCAGCAGGAGGACAUGAUUAAAGCAGCAGGGGAGAUAAGGUAAAGGCAAGAGAAAAAUGAUAAGUGAAAAAUAGAGACAAGUGCUGGAAAGUCACAUAUGUCGGUCAGGGAUGUGUCUGUAAAGAUUACUUUUUUUUUUUUUUUUUUUUUUUUUUUAUCCUGCUAGCAGGAGGUGUCGGGAAAUGUAUUUCAUCACCUCUCCUGGCUUGCUCCAGGGACUGGUGAGUGCAAAAGGAAGUUUCCAUAAAAUAUUCUGGCUUGUCCUAGCAGCGUUUUUGACUGAAUUAUGCAACAGCUAACUGGAAAGGGGGUGGGGACGAUGACAUUUUUUUCCUGUUAGGUGACAGUAAAAAGGCACUGAAGGCAGAGAAGAUUUUUUUACUGGCCCUCCCCACAGUUUCUCUCAUGUUUGUUUCUGAAGAGGUGUUUUUCAGCUGGGCCUGGCUGUUUCCUGUUACCUGGGGAGAAGGCAGCGUGCACUGAUCUGGAGGGGGAGCAGCGCCCUGUGCCCAAGCCCUGGCCCCAUAAGGCGUCUGCGCCAGCUGCCGUGGGUUUGCUGUUGUGGACGGACACCAUAAACAUCAAGAUGGGGAGCAAACCCUAAGUGGUAGGAUGCUGUGUUCAUCAAUGGCUGCUUUUGUCAUUUCAGCUGGACCAGUGGACCUGCUCCUCUGGGGCUCCUCUUCCUUCACCCCAUUAGCUGGUCCUAUUCCCUUCAGCUGCACCAGGGUUUCAUUACCUUAGGAGACAGCUGGUUCAAUGACAAAUCACCCACUUACAGAGAGAAAAGUAUUUUUUAACUUACAUUUAUUCCACCCAGCAGCCAGAGGGUGACUGUGGUUCUUGUCGCCCAUGGGCUGAGCCAGGAGCUGCAGCCGAGAGGGGCCACAGGGCCCGGUGCUGCCCUGAGUUUGCUGCAUGAGUGGUUACCAGCCCUGGUAGUGCAGGGCUCCAGGCGGUGCCUCUGCCCUGGGUCUCCUCGCAGCACAAGCCAUUGGGCCCAGCUCCCCAGGAACGCAGUGCAUCGGGGCUCAGCUCCGGCUCCUCGCAGGUCAGGGACUGAGGGCUGCAGAGCAGCAAGGAGCAGCAGUCUGCCUGGUUUGGGGAGGAACACAAAUAAAAUGCACACUUAAAACAUUUAUCUGAAGUGGCCCCUUGGUAUGGGACUGCACAAGGAGCUGCAUGAGGAACUGUGCAGCUGUAAAACUUGUCUGUAAGGACAGCUUAGUCUGAGUGCCAUGCCCUGAACCAGGCAGAGGCUUUAUUGGGAGCAAAGGAGUGAUGGAGGCCUGGCAGGGAGGAGUGUGGCAGCACGGCAACCCUUGUUGGUGCCAAUGGCUCCUUUCCCAAUUUGUCUUUCAUUUCCUCCACCCAUUUCUUGCCUUCCCUCAGGGCCUGUUGCUUACCCCUGCUGCUGGCUCCCAGGCCCCUGCAUUGUGCGCUGCAUCCACUUCAUCCUCGGGCCCUGAGCGGGUUGGAGGGAGGGGACACACAGCCCCCGUCACCGCUGCUCAGCCCUGGUCCCACUCCUGCAGCCCCACAGGCUCCUUUCGCUGGCUGUCUCUCCUGCAGGCUCUCCAACAUUUCAUGGGGCACCAAAGGCUUGUGAUCUAUUCCCCAUACUACUGUUUUCCUGAUGUUGUGUUGAAGCCAGUAUUCAGUGGUCAUUCUCAGAUGAGGAAAGCCUGUAAAGACCAUUCAAUUAAGUGAGAUUUAGCAGGAAUUACAGGCUUAGUGUUAGAGAUUAUAUUUAAGAGGGAAUAAAGUUGUUUUAUUACUAUGUUGUGAGACUUUUCCAGUUACUUUGUACUUCAACUUCAGAGGUUUUUUAUAAAUUAAAAAAAAAAA